UGAUAAGAUAAUUGUUUAUCAUACUUAGGUGUUAACUAAAAUAAUUGUUAUACUAUUCUCAUUGUAAGCGUAGGGCGAAAGUAGCGAAAGUACAGUGAGAUUUAUUCGUAUAAUGGGGGAAGUAGUCUAUGGAACCAGUCAUGCCAAGUCAGUCUUAGGCAUUUUAAAAUUUUUAGAAAUACUGACAUGUUUAUUGGCUGUGAUCUUGGUAGCAGUUAAAGGCUGGCCAAACGAUCUAAUAAACGCCUUUUAUGCAGGGACAAUUAUUGGCAUAAUAUUAUCGCUUCUGAUACUCGUUUUGAGCUUAACUGAGGCUGGACAUUCCUUAAAUGGUCUACUUAGAUACCAGUUUGUAUCUCAUCUGCUUAUGUUCGUUUACCUCCUCAUCGUAUCGUCAAUUUUGAUAGCCAGAUAUUACAGCAGUUACCACAGAGCAGGAGCGAUAUUUGGUCUAAUAGCUGCUUUCGUAUAUCUGUUGGAUAGCGGAGCGAGUUAUAAAUCGUACAAUAUCUGAAGCUCGAUUGGUUUGGAAUACCAGAAAAUAUUAUUAAUUUAUCGUCUUUAGCUAUUUAUUUCUGAACUAUAACAAUUGUAAUUUGACUUUAAAGAAGAUUAAAGUUGCAUUAUGACUACCUGAAAAGGUACUAAUUUAA